AUGGAAGAUCGAUUUGCCCUAAUACAGCCUAAAGAACCCAGCAGCCUUUUAAGUUUUCCAAAAAAGCGCACUUACACAGAGCUUCAAGCUGAGUCCAAACCAAUUGGUCCUCCACCUCAAACAAAAGCCACAAUUCAAGAAGAGUAUAGCAAGCUAAAAUUAUCAAUCGCGGGUGGCCAGACGCUAGAAACAUACUUAUCGUUAGAAGAGCAGCAUUUGGAAAUAGAAGACUAUAAAAAACACUCACAGCCUGAAGAUCCAUAUCAACAAGCCACACCUGACUUUAUUCUUACUCCCUUGGUAGCGAGCUAACUUUUUUAUUUGCUAACCAAAGGGAUAGUGUUCUACAGAAAAAAUUAAACCAAAUUUGUAAGUGUUUAAAAAGAAAAAUCUUUAAAAAAAAUUAUACAUUUAUAUAAUUAGCUGAAGAUCUAAUUAUUAUAAUAAUUAAUUGUAUAUUAAAAUAUAAUUUACACUCAAAAAAUUAUAUUAAAAGCUUUUUGUUGCUAUGGAAAGACUUAUUUUUCAAAAAUAAAAUGUUUCUAAUUAUUUUGCUUGUUAACGAAGGGUCUAAUUUUCCAAAAAUAAAAUAUUUCCAAUUAUUUUGAUCACUACGAAAGGAAUUAGAAAAAGGAUAGAAAUCAACGAUACUUUGAGAAGUCGCUACAGAGUUUCUCCCAAUGCAACAAUGCUAAGUGGGAUUUUGCCAGAAAUUCAUAGAGUUUGGUACAGCCUUGAUAAUAUUUUGAUACUCUGGGACUAUACAAGGCCCAAUAGCAUCAUUGAGCACGCAGGAUCGAAUGAUGUGAUCGUUGGAGUUGCAAUUUUGCCAAAAAACACUGAGCUCUUCACCAAUAGAGUGUCUUAUGUGCUUCUUGUAGCUACAAGGAUAGACAUGCAAUUUAUAGGUGUGGUCACAGAGCCAGAGUUUCGUUUAAUCCCCCUUUAAAUUGGAGCAAAGAAUCUUGUUCCAAUUUAUAGGGGAUUAAUUUUUAAAAAAAAUAUAAAUUGAAUUUUAAUUUAUCUUUAUAAGAAAUUAAUUUACGAAAUUAAUCAAUUCAGUAAAAAAACUGUUUAAUAAUAUCCUACUUAAACUUUUUCUGUUAAAUUAGGGCAAAAAUAAUUUUAUAAAUUAUUAAUUUUACCUCUAAAAUUUUCCUAUUGAAAAAUUUUGUUCAAUUUACAUUGGGGUUAAAUUCGCAAAAAAAGUAAAUUUUACCUAUGCUUUGUUCCAAUUUAAAGGGGAGGAGCUAGUUUCAAGUGAAAUGAAUGUGACCACUGACGAAGUCGAUAUGGAAUGCUUUACAACAUUAAAUAAUGGCCGAAUCUUAAUAGGUGGCGCAGAUGGGAAUAUAAACGAACUUAAAUACACAACUAGUUCUUGGUUUUCCUCCACAAAAAAAUAUAAAAAAGAAUGCAUUUCAAGUAGUUUCCUGUCUUUAUUCAUCCCAGGAUUUUUGAAAAGGCAUAUUAAUCCAAACAGCGUAAAGCAGCUUAGCGUCGACUCUUCACGAAAUAUUCUUUAUGCACUGAUAAAAUCCACUGUGAGCAUUGCAAGCUACAGAAUUGAAGUCUACGAUCUAGGCAUAUAUGGAGACACAACGAGAAAAGUGGUAAAUAUCAAUUCAAAUGAACUGUUUCAACGGCUGAGAGAGCAUUCUCCAAGACUUGCAAAUUUAAGUGGGGAAAGACUUGAAGUCGUCCAUAUUUCAGCUAUUUCGAGAGCUCUAUCACUUGAGUAUCAUUUGAUGGCGCUAACGAGGAAUGGGAUAAGGAUUUAUUUUACGUUUCAUGAAGCACUCAUUGAAAUGGAGUAUUAUGAUGAGGGCUAUCUUAGAAGGCCACUGGAUGAAUACUCGAUUAAUAUAAAAUUUCCUCCAGCUUCUACAUAUAAAAGAGAUGAGAAAAUCAAUUCUCAGCCUUUUGCGUUAGGGAUUACCUCAGACAAGCCAUCAAGCUAUGAAAUUGCACAACUUAUUGAAAACGGCAACCUCAUCAUUUCAGAAAAAGGAGAAAUGGAAGCAAAGCUGGUUAAUAUUGGCAGGUCUUUAAGCAGAAUUGCUUUAUUCCAAGGGGAAAAAGGAAGAUACAUUCUUGAGCCAGAUGAAACUGUAAGCUGCAUAGAGGAGCUAAUUCCCCGUUUUUUAUCAUAAAGGUCUUUAAAGAUAUAAAGAUAAAUAUAAUUGAUAUUUUCAGCUGCUUUUAUUUAAUAGUUUUCUAAAUUUUACAUUUUUAUAUAAUGAAUUUAUGCUUUAUUAAUUUAUUUUUUAAAAUAUAUAAUCUUUUGUAAAUAAAAUCAGUUUGCUAGAGGGUAAGUGAAGUUGACGUCCAAUGCAUGGCAGAAAUCCCAGCUUCAAUUAGAAUGUCUCCAAAUUGUGCUCAGCUCUGCAACUUCUUGCCAAGGAAUGAAUUCAGAUCCACUUUACCUCUCAAAUACUUAGGAUGCAGAUCUGGAGAUCUAUCUUUUCAAUGUUUGUCUAAUCUUUCCAACAUCUUAUACAGGCCUCCCAGCAAGCUUCUAGUGUUAACAUCUAGCGAGCUUUUAGAGUUUUCUGAAAUUCGUCCAAUUGAUCUUGUUUAUCAAGCACUAAUACAAGACCCCCCUAAAGACAUCCAACAGAUUCGAGACCUUUCCGAAAAAUAUGGGAUUGUCCACGUUUGUGCGAUGCUUGUAGCAAUUCUUUCUUCUCCACUGAUUUUAUCUGCUGAAAAUGGGGAUAUCAUAAUAAUAAAAUGGCUUCGGCGGAUAGGGUAAUUCACUCCGUGAAUUCCCUCUCCUUCUCACCCGCUUUUUAUUAUUAUAGGGCUAGGUUUUUACACGUGGACUUCUGUACAAGGUGUGUAAAAUGGCGAGGACCUUUUAUCUCGCCAGCCUUAUACAGCGUGUCUCACCUCUUUCCCCUGCCGAUAUAAAAGGCAGGACCCUUAGGCCGAACAGGCGCUGGAGGAAAGUCGGACAGAGCAGGCAACGCGCCAAGCCGCUAGUGUUUCCCGUACUUUUGGAUUCCCAAAUGGCUUCACGGGGAUUAGAAGGAGCGAGCCGUACAGCGAGGCCCGACUCGAGUACGCGAGUAGCGACAAGACGGAGAAAAAAAUAUGCCCUCGUGGCAUUGUGCAUCUAGGGGCCCAACUAGAGGUCGAGCUAAAUUAAGUAAUUAAGUAAGAAAAUGGGGGAUAUCCAAACGCCCCUCUCAAGCAAAGAAAUGCAAAAAGCUUUUAAUUUCUUCAGACAGAUUGGAAAUAACAAAAUCUGGGACACCUAUCUUCACUCUUAUAGGCCUGAAGACCCACUAAUGGCUCUUGCUGAAUUCAAGGCUCUUUAUAUCCAUUUAGGACGAAUUUUGCGGCCAGUUUGAAGCGAAAAUAUCACCUACUGGGAAGGCGAUUAUUCAAAUCAAACUGAGCAGUUUCAUUCUCCUCAGCUAAAGGAGCUAAAAGACAGGAUGAUACCCUUCAUUAAGUUUAUUAGAGAUUCAUAUCCUGAAAGUAUUGGCGACGUUGAUAAAGGUAACAUAAAAAGCUCAGAAGCAUCAAAAGAUCCUAUUAUCAAUAUCUAUCAGCUAUCAAAGCGCAUAUUAGAUGGAAUUGAGCUUUUAACUUUACUAUCAGACGACUACUCGUUCAGAAAAGUCGUCAAUGAGCUUACCAAUGAUGAUCAAAUGGUUCUUCAGUCCAUAACCUUCAGAGACCUAAUUUGCACUAGCCAAGGACAUAUUCUAGCAAAAGCUCUAAUUGAAGCUUAUAUCACCCAGCUGAGAAAUCCAAGAAUUUCAAGAGCAAAGAAAGUGCAGCUGGAGGAGUGUUUGAGGAAUCUAAAUCAAAAAUGCUCAAGUUUCUUCACAACCGCAGACUCUGAAAUAUAUGUGGCUGAAGAAUGCUUAUCCAAAGCCAAAAGUGAAAUGACUGAGCAUAAAAAUGAGUACAUUGAAGAAGCCAUGAAAAGAUUAUUAAGAAACGCAGCGUCAGUUGGACUGCAAAAAAUUGUGGGAGAACUAAAGGAGUUGGAAUUUUAUAAAGGAAUUAUCCACCUUUGCCUGCAAAAGGCUAAAGAUAUAGCAGAUAUCAAAGGCAAAGAAUCUGGGUCUGAAGUGUAUGAUUGCUAUCAAUAUAUUUUCCAAAUUUUACAUGAAAUUCAAGAAGCAAUAGAUCGAUCAAAUGUAGUGAGCAAUAGCUUUGCUUCAUAUCCUGCUGACUUUUUAGCUAAGCUUCGAAGUGAAAUUAUAGACGAGUGCUGUAAGGUCAACGAUAGGCAGCUACACUGGGCUUUGUUUACAUGGUUUAAUGAUAUCGGCUCACCUAUGGACAUUUUGUCUCUGGAAAGUCCAUUUGUAAAAGAAUUCAUCGAAAAAACUUACAAUUCCAAUUCAGCUCCAGACUCCCCUUUGUUGGCUAAAUACUGCAUGAAAAUGAAAGACUUUUUGACUGCAUUUAAAGAGUUCGGGCGAAUUGCAAUUCUUGAUAAAGUGGACAUUCCUGUUGAACUGAGAAUGGAAUACUUAGAUUUAAGCUCUCUUUGCUUAGAAAAAUAUAUUGAAAAUUUCAAGGGAACCCCUCAAGAAACUUCAAAGCUUAAGCAAGAAAAAGAUAACUUGGAAUUAAGGAAAGACUUGGCAAGAAUACAGCUAAAUAUGAUCAAAGAAAUAGGCAGAAAAGUCAAUGAAGUACAAAGUGAAGUGGACAGAAAUGCACUAGGCACUGCUUACUUACUUACUCCCCCCCCCCCCCUCCGUGAGCGAACAAAAAAAUUUUGUUCGCUCACGGAGGGGGGUUAAUUUUUUUUUUUUAAAAAAAAUUUAUAUAUAAAUUUUAUAAAAAAUAUUUUUUUCGAAAUUUAAAAAAAUCCUAAUUUGCAAAAAUUGGGAAGCAAAUAUUAAUUUAAUUUGCAAAAUUUAUGUUUUUAAAACGCAAUUUGUUUAAAAUUAAACAGAAUUAGCUCUAGAUUUCAUUAUACUAAUUAUCACUUAUAUAUCAAAAUUUUUUUCCAUUAAAAUUUUUUCUAUUAAAAAAAUUUUUGUUCGCUCACGGAGGGUGGGUUUUUGGUCAAAAAAAUGGCGAUUUUUCUAAUGGUUUUGUUCGCUCACGGAGGGGGGGGGGGGGGAGUUAGAAAUUAGAAGGCGUCUGCCAUUUUGAUUACGCAGUCACCACGGAUCCCAAUGCGGGAUUCACCUGCUUUGCGCCGUCUUCGGUUCCACCUUGUUCGAAUUGGGGCAAUGGUUCGCUGGCCCAAGAAUCAGCUCGAGCACUGCCUUUCUCCUUCUUCAGCUCCUAAUGGGCUGGUAUUCUGAAGUGAGAUUUCACCUAGACGUCUACUCCUCUCCUUGCGGCUUGGGUGUUGAGUGGGCGGGCUAUGGACUUCUGCGGCAAGCUGCUUGAGUGAACGAAGUUGAGCACACAAAAAUCCCAAAAAAAAAUGGAAUUUCUGGUGACCUCUCGGCAAAAAGGAAAAAUUCAAGUCCUGGGGCGUAACUCCCAGUUUCACGCUAGGCACUUGGCCAAUUGGUCUAGGUGUUCCCUGUAGACUUAGCUGAGCUUGCCCUUUCCAAACCUGAACCCCUCCUUUCCUUCGAGGUAAAACCUAAUCCUGAAUUUGGACUGAGGGCUAGGCUCUGUACAGUACCAGAAUUGCUUACCUAGCAUUGCUAUCCAUUUCUGGGUUAGUAAAACCUUGCCGGAUAUAAUUAAAAUAUGUGCUCGGAAGCUGCAUGGCCAGGAGGCCAUGCUAGGUGGAGACGCCAUAUUUUAAUUAUGCACUAGGCACUGCAUAUGAGCUAUUAAACAGAAACUUCUUGACUGUAAGUGAUCUUUGUGAAAAUUUUGCCAAAAAAUAUGAAUUACUGGAUUCACAAUUUGAAUUGCUGCAUUAUGUAAAAGAAAACUCCAACAUGGAGAACCAAGAUGUCAUAAAUUCUAUGAAAUCCAUUUAUAUUCCUCUAAUUAAGUCAUUGGCUGAUGACAAUUGGCCCAAUAAAAUCAUUUCGAAGCUUGAAGAAUUCGGAACCAAAUACCCUUACGCAUUUAAUUUGUCUUAUAUUAUAAGCAAAGCUGAGCCAAUAAAUGCUUCUAAAAAUAUUGUAAAUAACUGACUUCCUAAUCUUGCUUUACAAUUGCCCAUUGAAGAAGGAUACGCUGAGCUCUGGGAUUAUUAUUAUGGUUUUUAUAAAGAGUCUAAAGAUGAUCCGCAAAUGUGUUGGACACUAUUGGCAAGACUUGAGUUUAUAUUAAAAACGUGGCUCAGAGAUCUCAAUAAAAAAGCAGUAGAAAGAAACUUGUGGAGCUCUUCGAAAGGGAAAGAUUUAGCACCAAAUUACAAGUUUGAUGAGAGAGCUCAAUCAAUAAAUGAAUUUUUCAUACAGGUUAAUAAUGAUUUGCAGGUUUUGCCAGAAAGCAAAAGAUUAAAAGCUGAAAGACAAGUAAAAAUGUCAGUUAGGGGUACUACAUCUGGGCUUAGUGAGAGAAGCUUAAGACUUUUUGAGAGCCUCGGCUCAAGAGAAUGGGUCUACAUUGUGUUUGGCGUGUAUCAGAGAGGUCCUAAGGGAUUUGACACAGAAGCAGUCUGACAGUUAGGCCGGCCGGCAUACUGUUAUUUAAAGCUGUAGUCCAAGCUAAGGUCAGAAAGUACGGGACUUAAAGAGUUAUCAUAAACUUAAAUUAAAAGCCGAAAAUGAGUUCAAAAAUUUGUUGGUGAGCUUUGAUUCACUUAAAAAGGAUACAAAAGGAAGACCUUCAGAGUCAGCACCUGGGUCCAUAUUGAGACCUUCUUUUAGAGGGAGGCUUAAUUUUUCAGAGUCAAGACCACAAAGUGAAACUGGAAGUGAAAGAAGAAAUGCGAUGGGCUAA